UCGGAUUUCACUCGGCUACUUCGUGCAGUGAAUAUCGGCCGUUGACCACUUUUGACGCAAUUCUUUAAAAUAAAAGCGUUCUCCAACGGGAGUUUUUGGCGGAAUUGUGAAGAAAAUCAAAAUUUUAGUGCGUUUUCUAGAAGAACAUUCAGUAAAAUCAUGAGGAAAUCACGCAUUGAUGAAUCAGCAACGAAAUCACAUAGGCAAAGUCGGAUUGCUGUGCCAAUUAAGAGGAGUACUUUUGGCCAGAGAGAAUCCAUAGAUCCACGAACAAGAUCUGCAGACCGUGGAUUCACCUUGAGGAAAACCUCCCUCGCUGGACCAAUGAUGCAUCGUAAAAGAUCUAACAGUGCCACUCCCAUGAGGACACCCAUGAGAACUCCCUCGACCACAAGACUCGCUCCCAGUACCACGGACAAGAAGAGAACUCCACAGAAUGACAAAGUUUGGUUUCAGGGACAACUCAACCGGAUCUUCAACUACAUUGGGAACAUUGAGGGUGUAGACAAGAAUUUUGUGCAGAAGAGGGACAUCCGGCAGAUGACAAUCAACGAUUUCCUGAGAAUUAUGUGUCACCUGGCCAAACUCUGGGUGCCACGGGUAUCUUUCAGCAAUAACUACGCAGAUGAGAUCUAUGAGAUGCUGUGCAAACUCAGGUAUCCCUACAAUUUCAAUAAAUCUUGGCUAAAAACUCCCAACGCGCCCCAUUCUCUCAAUCACAUUGUCGUGCUAAUUGGAUGGCUCCUAGACGGUGUCCGGGAUGACACAGAACAAUUCAUCUUUGAUGAUUUCAUUGAUUUCGAUGAGUUUCCCUCAAUGCCCUUCGUAAGGCUCUUCCGGGAAACUGUCAGUGAUACCUACCAAAUGUGGAAUGAUGAUAGAGAUCACGAUCAUGAGAUUGCCGAAGCUAAAAUUGAUCUCCUCAACAAUUACAUCAAUGAGAGUGUCGGUUUUUCCAGCGAGAAAGAAAUACAGGAGGCUAUUGCAACGCUCAAGGAAGAAUGUACAAAUCUGCAGGCAGACUCUGACGAAUGGGAAAAGAGGCAUGUAGGAACAGCAAAACUCCAGCAUUUGCUGAAAGAGAAACAGCACCAAUUGACCACAGUUCGGGCAGAAAUUGAGAAGAAGACAAGGGAUACUGAGCUGAAUAGGGAAGGUGUGGAGAGCAAAAGCAAAUCCUUGGAGGAGUUAAAGACCAGGAUGGAGCUUACGAAGAGAGAAUGGAAACAACAGGAAAAGGAGGACAGGACUGGGAAGCAUGAGGCAUUGCUGAAUACUCUGCACGAGGAGAAGAUACUGGUUCAGUCCAUGGUAGAGCACUCGGACAAAGUGAAGGCAAUUGGAUUUGAUGUUCAGAUCGAAAAAUCUAGGUUACUGAAGAAACUUCAUGAUAUCACGAACGAAGUUAAUCUCUCUUUGCAUUGCAUUAUAAAAGACUGCCCACUUGAAGUGCAGUUCGAUGAAUUGACUCUCGAACCAAAUUGCUAUGAUGCCGAAAAGCUUUCCAAAAUCUAUAAAAAACUGAACAUCAUUCAGGAUACGAUGUCGGAGAAGAUUCAGAAGAAGUACAUGCAUAUUGUUCGACUAAAAAGUGAACUUGAUAUGGGUUUGAAGAAGGAUGUCGAAAGAUGCGAAAAGUCCUUAGAGAAGCUUACAAAGGUAUUCAAUGAACUGGAGACACAAUUGGCAAAAUUUACAUCGACCAGUGAGCACAAUCGUGUUAUAAUUCUGGGCAGAAUUGAGAGUGCUGAGAAGAGAAAGAAAGAUCUGCAGGAGUUAAUAGAGCAACUUGAGGAGGAAAUUCGUGAAGAGAAGGAGAAACAGAAAAAUAUUCUGAAGAAAUUCCGCGAAGAGAGUGAGGAGAUUUUGCGACAGAAACAGCAACUUUUGGAUCAAUUGACCAAAGAUGCUGAAUUUCUGCGUGAAGAACUCAAGCGCUUCGGUAUAAAUCCUGAUGCAUGGAAGAAAGGUACAUAAAUUUUAAAUUUAUCUAAUAUUUUUAUUAUUAUUAUUAUUCAUUCAAACAUUCAAUAGAUUACAAUUUUUUUGCGCUAAAA